GUGUACACACACAGUGUGUGUAUAAGCAAAGAAACAAGAUUUUCAGCUGUGUCUGCAACCCUGAGUUAAGCAGCUUCAUUCCAUUUUCACCAUCAUCUUCUCCUACCAACUUUCUCAACUUCCCACUUUACGCUUGUAAAUAUUUUAGAAAACUUUCACUGCAAGUACCUCACUCUUGGAGCAGAGCUUGUCUUUUUAAUUGGGUUUUUUUUAUUCUGUUAUCCAUGAUAGACCACAGACGCUUGGUACUUGGAGUGAAUUACCAUGUGCAGAUCAGAAAAACGAUAUGUUAGAAAGCUCUUUGUAUAGAAUUCCUUCCCUAUUUGAGGUAGAUUCGAUGAUAGGAAACAAGAGAAGGUUUGAUCUUUGUACUUCAAAGGCAAGCACGUCAAGUGAUAAAGAAGAGUCAUCGGAUUCAGGGGCUUCUAGUUCGAAUCAUGUGGCUGGAAAAGCAUCAGCACGUCAUUUUGGAGGUAAGCGCCAUGAGGGUAGGAAGGUGUUGGUGAGUGCUGCUGAAGUUAAACUGAUUGAUGAGAGAUUGAGAAACCUCGAGGAAGAAGCUGAAGUGAUGAAAAAAUCUUUCUUCGAGAGCAUGGAAGAGAGGAAGAAAUUGAUGAAUGAGAUAGACCAGCAGUUUCAGGCUAUACACCGAAGUCUUCACUCUAAAAUUCAAUUCACAGUAGAGAGAUCUAGUGAUGGAAUCUUGAUCAUCAACCCUCAUAAGAUAAAGAAUGGAGGAACAAGGACUGGUUUGUCACAAAUUCUGCACGAAGAAUCGAAUCCAUCACUUGUCAUCAGAGAUCUAAGAGCUACAUUCUCAUAGCAUUGAAGUGCCACCUGAAGUUUCAUAUGAUUUUCUCAUUUAGAUACUGCACAAUUUUUUGCCUAUUCUUCUUCUACACAUGUUUUUUCUUCCCUUCUUGUUUCUGUAACGGUUUUUAGCUUCCUUGGUAGGGUAUAAUGGUUCUUCUAAAACAAUUUUCUCAAUAAAUUCUGUGAUUUCAUCCUUUUUUUCGCUUUCCUUUGUACAAAUUUUUUGGAAUGUAUGGAACUUCCCACCAUUAAGUGAGCUUAAAAUUGUAAAAUUG